CGAACUCAAAACCACCUCCCCCUUUCCCUUCCAUCCCAUAUCUCUCUCUCUCUCUCUCUCUCUCUCUCUCUCUCUCACAGAAAGCUCAAGGUUGGGACGGAUCAGAAAUGGAUAUGGACAUGGAGAAUCUGACCGCAGUCAGGGUAUUGGGAAGGGGAGCAAUGGGCACUGUCUUCCUCGUCACCGACAGUACAUCACCCCCUGACCGUUGCUGCUGCUGCUGCCCGUUCGCGCUCAAGGUCGUAGAGAAAUCCACCUUCCAAACCAAACCCGAAGCCGAGCGUCGGGCCCGCUGGGAGGUGUCCGUAAUUUCCAGCCUGAGCCAUCAGCAUCCAUUCCUUCCUGCCCUCCUAGGCACCAUCGAGACCGUCGAUUUACUUGGCUGGGCCGUCCCCUACUGCCCCGGCGGGGAUCUCAACGCCCUCCGCUACCGCCAGAGCGACAGCAUCUUCUCCCCCUCCGCCAUACGCUUCUACGUAUCCGAGAUCGUAUGCGCGCUCGAGCACCUACACCGUAUGGGGAUCGUAUACCGCGACCUCAAGCCUGAGAACGUGCUGAUUCAGCAGUCCGGCCACGUCAUGCUCACCGACUUCGACCUCUCCCGCGCCCUGAAGAAGGGCGAUGAGUCCUCCACGUCAUCGUUAUCUGCUGACGUGGGAGACGCGGAGGAGGGGAAGAGUCAGCGCCGGAAUCUGACGCGCCUUAUCUCCGUCGGGAUGGGCCUGAGGAAGGCCAAGUCAGCGAGGGUCUCGCCAGUGAGCCGCCGGAAGGCGAGCAUCUCUGGCGAGCGCUCUAACUCGUUUGUCGGGACGGAGGAGUACGUAUCGCCGGAGGUGGUUCUCGGCGCUGGCCACGAGUUCGCCGUCGACUGGUGGGCCCUCGGGGUGCUGACAUACGAGAUGGCGUACGGACGGACGCCGUUCCGGGGGAGAGACCGGAAGGAGACGUUCCACAACGUGCUGACGAGGCCGCCGGAGUUCGUAGGCAAGAGAUCGGCGCUUACGGACCUGAUCUCGCAGCUGCUGGAGAAGGACCCGACGCGACGGCUGGGAUUCGACGGAGGGGCGACGGAGAUCAAAAAGCACGCCUUCUUCCGCGGCCUGAGGUGGGAUCUGCUCACGGAAGUCUCACGGCCGCCGUUUUUGCCUGAGGAUGACCUAACGACGUUAACGGCGAGAAACAGACUGGACAUCAGGGAGCACUUCCAGAAGCUUCGGCAGAAGCCGUACUCACCGUCAACGUCGAUGUCAUCUUCUCCGUCUUCAGAUUGGAGGAGAAGCGUUUCUUCGUGGACGGAGUUCUGACGCCAGUCUAACAAUUUCCGUUACUUCUCCGUCUGUGUACAUAGAAAGAGUGUAUUAACGACAUUUGGGAAAGUUGUAUUGCGCGGGGGUGCGUAAUGCGCGUGCAGCGCAUCUGAGACGGCGAGUUUUCUGUUUGGGGAAGGUGAAUGCGCCGUACUCACUGUUGCGGAUACGUAGACUAUACCCGCUAUAUACGUAAGCGAGAUGUAGAUAUACAUUGUUCUGAUAAAACAAUUGCUGAGUUUUGUUU